AUGACGACUAAUAGAAGAAGUGCUGGAAAUUAUUAUCGAAUUUAUUCCGAGAUUAUCGACCGUGCAUAUAAUCAGUUUAUUGUGAGUUUUUUUAUUGUCGAGAAAAAUACUCGAAUCAUAUUUCAGGCCGCUUACAACAAUUUGAGUGAAAUCGAUCCAGAUCAUCAACUCACAAUUGAUCUUCAUCAUGAAAAUUUUAUGAAAGUUUGGGUGGUUGCAAACCAAUGGCUUGUGAGUUUUCAGAACUUUUAGAUGAAAAUAACAAGAUAUUUUUCAGCAUCAAAUUGACGAGACCAAUUUUGAACAUGUUUGCUUCCAAAUUACAUUCUUCAUCGCCGCAAUGUCAGAAAUUCAAGAAGAACUCGAGUCCUGGGUCGAUGAUUAA